GUGAAGGUAAAUACAGAGGUUCAAGCCUUUGCUCUAAUGGCCGAGGAUUUGAAGACUGUGGCUUCUCAGUUUCGGAAACUUCACAGCAAAGAGUUGCAACACACUUUCAAGUUCUACUCCCAACAAUGGAGAACAUGGGCAACCUGUUUUAUCCAAUCAGCUUGGCGCCGCUACUCUAAGAAAAAACAUGAGAGGGCUUUGCGUGAUGCUGAAAAUAGACUGCAAUUUUCUUUGGCAAAUGAAGCUGGGACCUCGGCAAGUCUUGGUGCAACUAUUUAUGCAUUAUGGUUUGCUGCCCAUUUACUUCGAGCCUUGCGACGACUAAAGGGUGGACGCACCAGUACCAAAGCGCCACAAAGAGUGCUACAGCUAAUGCCACCGAAGCCUGCUGAGCCAGAUUUCAGUGCUAAUCAAGGUCAAUAAUCAGUAGUAUAUAUGGCGUUUGAAGUGAUUAUCACGCAAGUUUAGUUUUCACGAACAUUGUUCAUGUGCAAGCAUUUUCUGUAUAUGUGCCGGAUGUGGUGUGUAACAUGUACUAAGGAAACUUCCAUCUUAAAAUUUUACAGCCAUGUGUUCAGGUGUCUAUAACUACAACAUGAGUUUGUAUCUUUUGGAACGGAAAUUUUUUGUUCAAAAUUUACUCGUUUUGUCCCAAAUGAGUU